CUAUGCAAAAUUUUCUAAAAAUUUGGAGUAGAGAUGGCUAAGCAUCUGUGGAAAGAGUCAAUGAAGUCCUUUACGAGUCAUCUUGAUCCUGAAAAAGAUGAUCAACUGAAAUGGAUAAAAAUAGAAAUCGAAAAUAAAGUCAGAAGGAGCUUGACGCUUAUCAAGAGUGUAAACCAAGGGAAUAGAGAUGGGAACUCCAAGAAAAAGUCAGAACUCAUUCAACUCGUUGAGGAUUUCCACAAAGAGUACCAAUCACUUUAUGCUCUUUAUGAGAAUCUGAAGGGAGAGGUAAGAAAAAAGGUUCAUAGCAGAGAAGAGGACUCUUCUUCAUCUUUUUCUACCGCCAGUUCAGAUUCAGAAUCCUUCUAUUCCCCAGAUGAAGUAGGCAGUAAAAACAGUGAAUCAAAAGAUGAGCUGCAGAAGGUGAAAUAUAGCUAUAAUCAGAAACUUGAAACUUCAGAUUCAGAAGACGCUGUCCUGAAAGAUAAAUUGACCUCAUCAAGUGUAGUAAAGGAAACCUUAAAUUUGGGAUCUGUGUCAUCCUUGGGCCGAGUACAAGAAUCAGGAGAAAUCAUCAAAGACCUAAGGAUUGAUGCCGAGGAAACAGACAACACAAGACAAAAGUUCAUCGUUGAAUCUGCCUGGUUAACAGAUAAAUUGAAUGAAAAAGAGGAAAUAUUGUCGUCUCUCACCAAGAAUGAGGCUAAAGCAUCAGUUCAGAUAAAGGAGUUAGAGAUCGAGGUAGCUAGUUUGAAGGUUCAGCUUGAAACAUUGUGCACACAGAAAAGGGAACUUGAAGAGCAAAUUGUCUGCAAGGCAACUGAAGCUAAACAACAAUUAGAAGAGAAUUUAGGACUGCAAACUCAGAUUGCAGAACUUGAAAAUACAUCUAGAGGGAAAGAAGAUGAACUUUCUGCCCUUCUGACAAAAUUUGAGGAAAAUGAGAAGCAUUCAAUGUCUACCAUUCAAAGCUUGAUGGUACAGGCCAAAAAUCUGCAAUUGGAGGUGGAUUCAUUAUGUGCCAGCAAAUGUGAAUUGGAAGAACGGUUAUUAAGUGAAACCAAAAAAGGAUCAGCUCAAGAUAAGUGCUUAAGGGACCAGGUUAAUGAUCUGCAACAGGAACUGGAGUCCCUAAGCAGACAGAAAUCUGAGUUGGAAUUGCAACUCAAAACUAAAUCUCAAGAAGUGUUAGAGUGCGUCUGUGAGGCAAAAAAUUUGAAAGAGAAACUAGCAAGAAAGUCGGUGGAUGAACAGGAAACACUAGAAGAGAAGGAGGGUUUCAGAAUGCAGGUAAAAGACUUGGAAUCGGAGGUGACUUCUCUAUGUGGCCAGCAAAGUGACUUGGAAGAGCAGAUGCUAAUUAUAAACCACAAUGUCGAUCAGUCAAGAGUGGAAAAGGAGGCGCUGCAUGCAACAAUUUCAGAGUUAGAGAGAACAUUAGUGGGGAGGACAGAUGAGGUUGCUGCUCUCCAAAAGAAAAUUAAUGUUCAUGAGGAUGACAUGUCCCCUCAGAUAAUAUCCUUAAUUGCUCAGGCGAACUCUCUGCAGCAGGAAGUGGAUUUACUGCAGUCUGAGAAAAGCCAAUUGCAGUUACAGCUUGAGAGACAGCAAAAAGAGUCUUCACAAAGCCUGACUAGAAUUGAAAAACAAAAAAUCAAGUCAACAAACAAAAUUGCAGAUCAGCACAGUAUUGCGAAAGAGAUCGAGGGCGUUACAGACAAGUUAAAUCAAGAACACAGGCAAACUAAAGGUAAGUUCAUUGAUUCUAAGUCGACUCUGCAAAUUGCAGAAAAGAAGAUGGAAGAUAUGGCAGAAGACUUCCGCAAGAAAUUUGAAGAUAAUCUCCGUAUAUUGAGCAGGAGAAUUCGGGUAGCAGAACAAUUACAUGCUGAGAACAAAGAUUGGUACAGGAAGACAAAAGAGAAUUAUGAGCAAGAAUACAGAGACCUCAAGGAAAGGUUGACAGCCAAUGAAAUUGCAGUCCGGAAAAUUAAGGAUAUCUCACUGACAGCCAACGAAAUGCUGACUGCAUUGGACACAGUGGCCUUGAAAUUCGAGGAGUGCAGUGCCAACUUCCCCAACCGAAUUUCCAAAGUGUUUUGUGAAGUGAUGUUUGCAAAGGAUUGGGUCACGAGGAAAAACCAAGAGAUAAAACAUGUGAAGGAAGAUUCUGAUUGUCUGCUUGUGCAGUUGGAUGAUAAGGAAGCAGAGAUAUUGGUAUUCAGAGAGAAGGUUUGGAAGUUAGAAUACAAGGUGAGAGAACUGGAGAAGAUGGCGAAAGAGAAAGACGAGGUGAUGUUGGGUCUUAAGGAGGAAAAGAGGGAGGCAAUAAGGCAGUUAUGCGUGUGGAUUGAUUACCACCGCAGUCGCUCUGAUUUCUACAAGAAGAUGAUAACUGAGAUGAAUGCCAGAACUAGAAGCCAGAGGACACCUUAG